CAUGAUUAAACUUUUCUUUAGUCUUGAACUAGCAGCUAUGUUAUGUAAUCUUUUUAAAAAUAAAUAAUUAACAGUCAACUUGACAGUUACUUUGUUUUGUUUUGUUGUUGUAUAUUUUUGUUAGAUUGGAUUGAUUCAAGAUGGAAGAUAAUAUAGAUGCACCAACAUGGGAGAACAUGGCUCAAUCACCAACACUUGAGCCAAAUGUUUUUCAAAUAGCAUCCAAGUAUAAGAUAAAAUUAAAAUAUGGAGGCUACUUUCGAUUAGCUAAGAACUCGGAUAGGAAACGGUAUUGUUUUGGUUAUCAAAAAUGUAUAUACAUUGAUACGUACUCAUACAACUUUGAUGAUUUACUUGAAGAGGUUACAAAUCAUUAUCCAUCAAAUAGGGAUCUCGUUUUCUCUAUUUAUUUCGUUGACAAGUAUGCCAUAAAUCAAUCUAUUAUCAAGCUUGAUUCUGAUGAGAAAUUUGAGUUUAUGAUUAGAAUGUAUGAAGUGGAAAAAGAACUUGUUGUUUAUGUCACAACGAGUAGUAAUCAUGAGACUUCUUCAGUUAAUCAAAGGGGUCAAGAUGAGGUGGGUGACGAACCACACAGUGAAGAUGAAUCAGAGUAUUCAUUAAGUGAUGAAAGCUAUCAUAGUUAUUAUAGUAGUGAUGAUGAAGUUGAGCAACAUAACUCCCAAGAGGAAACUUAUACUACCAAGAAAAGUCGACCCAUCAAGUUGAACUCAACAUUUGAAAAUGUUGCCGCGUUUAGACGAACAUUAAUCCAUUAUGCACUUGUAAAUGAAUUUGAAUACUUUAUUGAGAAAAGUGAACCGACAAGAGUCACAGCAAGGUGUGUAGACAUAGAAUGUAAAUGGAGAAUACAUGCCUCUGUCAAGCAAGAUGGAAUUACAUUCCAGAAUUUGGGCGAGUACGAAGUUUGUAGAAGUAGUGAAAAUCGAGCUGAAGCGUUGGGAGGUCGUGCUUGAUGAGCAAACAUGUACUUGUCGGGUUUGGGUUUGGCAAGUUAAAGGUAUUCCAUGUCUACAUGCAGCUGCUUUUAUUGCUUUCACAAGGGAUGUAAAUUGGGAGAAGUUUGUUGAUUCUUACUUCACUAUUGAGAAAUUUAAAUCGGCUUAUGCUCUAGAAGUUGCUCCAAUGCCUACAAAGGAUCAAUGGGUGCAUGUAGAUAGAAGAUAUACCCACCUAUUAUCAAACGGCCGCCCGGAAGACCAAGAAAGGAGAGAAUUAGAGCAAAUGAUGAGCAAAGAAAAAAAUAUAAGUGUCACCGAUGUGGUGGGUAUGGUCACCAACAAAAAAAAUGCAAAAAUUCGGCAUCGCAAGAUCAACCAUCAACAAGUAAACGGGGAAAAAGAACAAAAACAUGUGGAAAUAACUAAUCAAAGUCGAGCGAUUUACUUUUUUGGUACCAAAUGGUCAAAACUUUGGCAUUUGUCUUUUUCAUUUUUUGGAUAUUGUUACAUGGAAUUUUUGUUGUUGUUCUUUUAGGAUGAUUUUUUGGUACCGUAAUGGAUUAAAGUUUUGG